CCAAGGAACAAUUCAAGAAUGAUCGUUGACCCUCAAAGCACACAUCCUUGGAGUACCAAUACAUGUAACUCAUGCUCUUAGUUUCUUCUUGAAAAACAUUUUUGUCAAACUCUCUCUUUGCUAUGAAAAAUGCAUCAAGAACUAUAACACACCUUUUCUUUCGGUGUUUCUUUCUUGAUAAAACUUAAACUUCCUAUAUAUGGUAGGUGAGUGUGAGAGAGAACCAACAUUGCUGAAACCAAUGAUUCCAAAAAGGAAAUGAAUAAGGAUACUAUACUAAUGGAGGAUUGCAACAAUAGAGGAGAAGUUCAUGCAAAUUCAACUAAGAACUCUUCAUCCAGAUUAUCUAUCAGUUUGAAAUCCACGUUAUCUGGAAGAUCAACUCCACAACAUUAUUCUCCUUCUUUUCAGCGACCACAUUCUGGUUUAACACCAAGAAGAGAAACCAAGGGUGGUGCACAGUGUUUUGGGAGCAACCGAUUACUUCUGUGGCUGUUUCUGAUUACCCUUUGGGCUUAUCUUGGAUUUUGUGUUCAAUCUAGGUGGGCACAUGAUGAUAAUGAUGAGGAAUUUUCAGGCUUUGAAAGCAGGCAAAGUGAUAGAACAAACUCAUAUAUUGAACAGAAUCGGCAUCAUGAUUUGUUUGUCAAAAACAUUUCCUUAUCUGUUAGUAUUGGAAGAGAUGGGAACAAAACAAUGAAUGUGGCUUUGGCCAAGAAAGAAUAUGGUGUUCUAUCUCAACUCAAGGCUAGCUCAAAGAAAAGGAGAAGAUCAAUGCGUGCUUUGAGAGGUAAGAGGAGGCGAAAACAUAGAGUUGAGAGUGCUGGUAUAGAGGAGCAAGGGCCAGAAAUUCCUCAAAGGAAUUCUACCUAUGGAUUCCUUGUUGGUCCAUUUGGUUCAAUAGAGGAUAGAAUUCUGCAAUGGAGUCCUAAGAGGCGUUAUGAAACGUGGGAAAGGAAAGGGGAGUUUGCAAGGCUUGUUUGGUCAAGAAGGUUUGUGUUGAUAUUUCAUGAGCUUUCAAUGACUGGGGCACCACUUUCAAUGAUGGAGUUGGGAACUGAACUCUUGAGUUGUGGGGCUUCUGUUUCAGCUGUGGUGCUUAGCAGGAAGGGUGGUUUGAUGCAAGAACUUGGUAGGAGACAAAUCAAGGUGCUUGAUGACAAAGCAUACCUCAGCUUCAAAACUGCAACCAAGGCAGAUUUUGUCAUUGCUGGAUCAGCUGUCUGUGCAUCAUGGAUUGAACAAUACAUUGAACAUUUUCCUGCUGGUGCAAGUAAAGUUGCUUGGUGGAUUAUGGAAAACCGUCGAGAGUACUUUGAUCGUGCAAAGAAUGUGUUGCACAGAGUGAAGAUAUUGUUUUUUCUUUCUGAAUUACAAUCUAAGCAAUGGCAAAAAUGGUGUGAAGAAGAAGGCAUAAAACUGAGAUCAAAGCCUACACUUGUUCCUUUGUCUGUUAAUGAUGAACUAGCUUUUGUAGCCGGCAUUCCCUCUACUCUUAACACUCCAUCCUUCAGUGCUACAAAAAUGGAUGAGAAGAGAGAGUUGUUGCGAAAUUCGGUCCGAAGAGAAAUGGGGUUAACUGAUACUGAUAUGCUUGUUAUGACUCUGAGUAGCAUCAACCGUGGAAAGGGUCAGCUAUUGCUUCUUGAAUCAGCAAGUUCAAUAGUAGAACAUGGACCAUUGCACGACGAUAUGAAAAUGCAAAACUCAUCAGAUGAUAGCAGUGUAGACUUGAACAAUACCUCAAGAAAUUUUAUAAACAGAAGGGAAGUGUUGUCCCACAACAAUGGUUCAAUGGCACAAUCUCUCAAAAUUCUCAUUGGCUCCGUGGGAUCUAAGAGUAACAAGGUCGAUUAUGUCAAAGGUCUUCUAAGUUUCUUAGCAAAGCAUUCCAAAUUGUCAAAGUCGGUUUUGUGGACCUCAGCCACAACACGUGUAGCCUCACUUUACUCUGCUGCAGAUGUUUAUGUCACAAACUCUCAGGGACUGGGAGAAACAUUUGGACGUGUGACUAUAGAAGCAAUGGCAUUUGGUCUUCCGGUGUUUGGAACAGAUGCCGGAGGAACGCAAGAGAUUGUUGAUCAUAAUGUGACAGGUCUUCUUCAUCCAAUUGGACGCACAGGGAAUCAUGUCCUUGCACAGAAUCUCCGGUAUUUACUUGAAAACCGAUUGGCAAGAGAGCAAAUGGGGAAUGAAGGAAGAAAAAAGGUGCAGAGGAUGUUCUUGAAGCAGCACAUGUAUGAGAAAUUUGUAGAGGUUCUUGUCAUGUGCAUGAGGAGCAAAUAAUUGCUUUGCACUUGAAAUAUUCUCAUUCUUUUAUUGGAUUAUCACAUGAUUCUGUCAAUUUCUUUAUAUUCAAAAUGUAAUUCUUGUGCCCUGUUAAUGAAGUAAGAUCAUUUAAGAGGAAAUGAUGUGUUGUGCCUUUCUACAAACCAAAAUUAGUUGACUUUGAAAAUGA